CCACAAUUUGAAGAUCUGUCAAAACGUUUGACAAGUGGUUUGCCGGUCACAUUCACAUAGCUUGUGUGUGCAGCAUCAUUCAGUCACAAAAUCACUCUUAGCCGAUUACACAUCGUGUUGAAGUCUAGGUUGAAGUAAAUACAACAGUGACUAAUUCGCUGUGCGAGAAAGAAGUAACAAAGUGCUAUCGAAUAAAACUUCAAUCAAGGGAAGAGAAACGAAAAAUCUAAAAUUUGUGCAUCAUGUCAGAAACAAAAGUGAUUGCGAAGACUCCGAAAAUAAACUUCAGUCUCAACAUUUCGAACAUAAGCAAACUCAACGAAAUUUGGUCACCAGAAUAUUUGGUUCAAGGAAUUCCAUGGAAAGUGAAAGUUUGCAAGAGAGUCAAUGAACAAAAAGAAAGCCUGGGCGUUUAUUUGUACUGUGCAGAGAAAGAGAAACCAGAAAAUUGGUCGCAUGUGGCAUUCGGCACAUUCAAGUUGUUGCCGUUUAACAAUAAAAUAAAUCCAGUUGAAUAUAACUUAGAUCCCCAUGUUUUUGAUAACAGUGGUCGCGGCAUUGGCACUAUGUCACUAAUUGACUGGCAAAAUUUGUUGGAUGUCGGAAAGUAUUAUGUAAAAAACGACAACAUCAAUUUGGAUAUCAAGAUUGGAGCCGCUGAUCCAGAUGAAGAUGCCAAAAGCAAAUUCACAUUCGAACAUAUUGAAUCGGGCUGUGGGGAGGGUUGCGUGACUUCAUUUCGCUUGUCUGUCACCAAUAUCGAACAUUUGAUUGCUGUACGAUCGCCGACAUUCAACAUGCGAAAACUUCGUUGGGACUUUUCAGUUUACAAAAGUCGUUCAUCUAUGCUAAGUGUUUGCCUGAAAUCGAAAGACAUCAACGAAAAAAUUUCGUUCAAAUCGAAGGCAAGUGUCAAAUUGAUAUCUUCAGAAGGCGAUGAAAAGACGGUCGAAGUAAAUCGGGUUAGAUCUUAUAAAAAUUCAAGCGAACUAUUUCAAUUUGAGGUGGGUUCAUGGGAUGAAUUAUUCAAGCCAGAAAAUGGAUUCGUCAAAAACAAUUCGAUCAUCAUGGAAGUGCUAAUCAUUAUGACCAAACCAGAAGGUGUUCGUGAUGAUCAGAACGACAGUGCAACAAGCUCUGAGCCACAAGCAAAAGUGCGAAAAAUGGAAUGUCCCAUCUGUUUGAAGACGAUCGGCGAUCAAGAAGUAUCUUCAACCAAAUGCGGCCAUCUGUUUUGCAAGGCGUGUAUCACCAAUUCCAUCAACACUCAUGGAAAGUGCCCAUCAUGCAAUGCUGUUGCUACCAUGAACGACUUGCAUCCAAUUUAUUUGCCAUUCACAAAAUAGGCACAUCAAAGGAUGAAGUACGAUCGAAUGGAGCGAAGACUUCAAACGACCACAAUUUACCACAAAAACCUAAUAUUGAAUGCCCAAGGCCGUGAUUCUCCAACACAAAGCAAUGCUUGUCAUUUAGUUACAAUUCAUUAUAUCAUUUUCCAUUGUUUUCCACCCAAAAAUUUCUUUGUCAUCAAAGACAGAAUUAUCUUAAUUCCAUACUCCGUCGAAAAAACAACGAAAAAAAUAUCAAUAGUUUUUAUUUCAAAUGAGUUUUUUCAUAGAGUAACUAAAUAAAACUGUAUAAGCUGAGCCUCGUACAGUUUAUUCCAUUUUAAAAUGUGUCAACUCAAUCGUAUGAAUAACAAACACAACAUUGAUUGGAAAAUUUUUCCACACCAAGAUUUGUAAAUCGAAACCAAUUAGUGAUGGUGUGAUUUUUGAAUUAUUUCACUCUGAACCAAUUCUUUAGUUUUAAUGCUGUGUUCCCAGCAGUACAUUUAUAUAGGCGUAUAAGCAAAAUCAUUUUGUCCCGUUUCAAAAAUUUCAAUAAAGAGUUAAUUUUCAUUCCACAAAAAA